AUGAUUACCAGCAGCCAUCCAUUUGUUCCACUCUUCACGCAUAAAGACCUUAAAUGGCUUGUUGAUGGAAAUGUUGAGAGGUUGCAACUGGCUGUACUAAUAAGGCAGGUUUUUUCAGAAGACCUCCAGUGUGGGGAUAGCCAGCAGAUGGGACAACGAGUAAUCCUGGAGAAACCUGCUCCCACUACAUCACAGAAUAAAGAGGUUGCCUUUGAGGGUGACUUCUCUUGUGCUCCUUUAAGAGCCUGUCUUGUCAAGCCACUGUUCAUAUUUUCAGGAGGCUUUUUGACUGGAUGCAGGCCCUCAUCUCUUAGGCUUCCUCGGCUGAGGAAAUUGCACAGGUUCUGUGAAUGGAUUUGUGAUCCAGCUUCAUGCUCUGAAGUAGAGCAACCACUGCCAGGCCAAAUUCCCGAAACAGAACAGUCACGGGAUGCUGCUUCCUGCCUUAACGCUGCAGAAUGGAUGCUGAGACGUUAUGGCACGUUCAUACCUGGAACAUCAGGCAGUUGCUCAGGCUCUUGGAAGGUUUUGGAAUCAAACAAGGAAUCCGGCUUCCUUGUUCUUACCAUAGUUAUUUCCGGCCAUUUCUUCAUUUCCAGAGGAAAGGAAGUAAUGGAAGGUUUUUCUUUAAUCGAUGCUUCUCAAUGGCUGAAGAUAGUUAGAAAUGCAGAUUGCAUGUUGUUUGGUUCAAAAACAAAGAGCAAACACCGUAUGUUUCGUGUUCAGUUUAUUGGAGACUCCAAAACACAGGCAGAGGAGCACUGCAAUAACUGUGUGCAGAAGCUUGCUGAUUAUGUUCCAGUUCAAGUAAUGGAUGCAGCAAGACAGGAAUUGCAACCAGUUCACAGCCUGCUGCUAGAUAAUGAGCGUCAGAUGAAAGAUGCUGAGCAAAAUUUACCAACGGAGCACAUUAUUGUAAAUCAACCUCAAGCACAAGAAAGAGCAUCUGUAGCAGAGCUAGCAAAGUAUGUGUUGACAUCAAACAUAGAGCUUCCUCUUACAUAUCAACACUCCCAGUGGAAUGCUGAAGAUCUAGGCAGUUUCAUUCGAUUGUGUCUCUUGGAUCAGAGCUUCCCAGCAUUUGUGCAAGAAGUGGAGAACCAGUUGAAAAGAAUUACAGAUGAGUAGAAAGCAAAGCAAUAAAUGAAAAUGUAUUAUGAUUAGAUAAAUUCAAUAUAGAUAACUGGGAAAGAG